CUGUUUCCCUAACAGCCCACCCUCCUCUGCACUAUAUUACACUUCUGUUCAUCAGACUACCCUCUCUUUGCCUCUCAGUCUUUCCUUUGCCUAUCUAUCCUCUCUACAAUCCUUACACUGUGACUCUGCUACACGUUCUACAUCCCUCUUCUUCUGGGGUCUCUAUUUUCCUACAGUUUCUGACGCUCCCAAAUCACUGACUGGAGUUCCUGGCUAGCUUGGAAAUAGGUGCAAACUCCAUAUAUAAAGCUUUUCUUACACAAAGCACAUCAUGGCAUCUGGUGUGACAGUGAAUGAUGAAGUCAUCAAAGUUUUUAAUGAGAUGAAGGUGAGAAAAUCUCAAACAUCUGAGGAGAUAAAGAAGAGAAAGAAGGCUGUCCUUUUUUGUCUGAGUCCUGAUAAGCGGGAAAUAAUUGUGGAGGAAGCUAAGCAAAUCUUGGUGGGAGAAAUUGGUGAAACAGUUGAGGAUCCUUACAGGACCUUUGUCAAUCUUCUGCCCCUCGAUGACUGUCGAUAUGGACUGUAUGAUGCUACUUAUGAGACCAGAGAGUCCAAGAAGGAGGACCUUGUCUUCAUCUUCUGGGCUCCUGACAAUGCACCACUUAAAAGCAAGAUGAUAUAUGCCAGUUCUAAAGAUGCAAUUAAGAAGAAAUUUACAGGCAUCAAGCACGAGUGGCAAGUGAAUGGAAUGGAUGAUAUUAAAGACCGAUGCACCCUGGCAGAUAAACUAGGAGGAAAUGUGGUCAUUUCACUUGAAGGUGUUCCGCUAAAAUGAACCCAAUUCCUAUACCGUCGAAGCUUACAGUAUCUAAAUAGCAUUUCCUGUCAUGACCAUAGGGAAAGUUCUAGAUUAUUUAUUUUUAUUUUAUUCAAUUUCUUUUUUUUCCUCUAUGAAGCAAAUAAACCAUUUUGGUGCUUGAGAAAACAAAGUAAAGAACUAAAAUAGUGCAAAAAUGUAGCGUUACCCUACAAACUUAAAAUAAAUGGAACAGCAUUUAUAGAAA